AUGACAACUACUGCCUUAACAAGCACUCAUAAAACACAAUCAAAGGAGAUCAGCAAGGAAAAAGAGCACCCUGUAUCAUGGUUCAAUGGUCGAUAUGAGAAAUUACGCACACUGGGAAAGGGCAAUUUUGGCAAGGUGUACCUGACUCGAGAUCGUUCUACUGGCAAAGAGGUGGCUGUCAAGGUUGUGGAUAAGACGUCGUUCAAAAGCAGUGAUCAGCGACAACAUGCACAAAACGAGAAAGCGAUCUGUGAGCGGUUUGCAAGUCGACUACGGCACAAGAAUAUCGUCAAUGUAUACCAAGUGGCCUCUGAUGAAUCAAAUGUCUUUGUGGCUAUGGAGUACGUCGAUGGUGGAGAGCUCUUUGAAAAGAUCAAACAACGUCAUCGUCUUGAUGAAUCCACAGCACGUCGUUGGUUUCGAGAAAUCAUUGAGGCUGUCGAUUACAUCCACAAGAAUGGGAUUGUGCAUAGGGAUCUCAAACCAGAAAAUGUGCUGAUUGAUCGUAAACACAGUAUCCGGUUGUGCGAUUUUGGAUUUGGCAAAUUCUGUGAACGACAACAAGUACUCAACACAUACUGCGGGAGUCCUUUUUAUGCAGCGCCCGAGAUGGUCACAGCCACACCCUAUCGAGGACCACCCGUCGACAUGUGGAGCUGUGGAGUGAUUCUAUACGCCAUGUUAGCAGGCACACUUCCUUUCCAAGGCCAAGACAUGCCACAGCUAUUUCGACGCAUCAAUAAUGUAUCAUACACAAUGCCUCGUCACAUUACACCUGAAGCUGCCAACCUCAUUGAACGGCUUUUAUGCAAGAAUCCCACUCAACGAAUCACAGCACAUGAUUGCCUUAGACAUCCAUGGCUCAACCACAAAAAGCUACCUUGUCUCCCAACCAAUCGACCAACACCUCUUUUUCAUCCAACAGCAAGGCAACCAUCCACCAUCACCACAGCAACCACAAAGGUUUCAUCAUCAUCCAUUCUUGUUGAAAAGAAACACUCUCAAAAUACAACGUCAUCAUCAUCACCAUCAUCAUCAUCACCAUCCACCAGGAGUUGCAAAUCAGUGUCGCGGUUGCCACGUCCAACGCAUCAGCUCCAACGAAAGCAGCUCAAAUACACCAAAUUCUGGACCAAGUUGCUGUUUAUCAGGCACAAGACUCAAGUUGUCCCAUCAGCGGAUAAGGAUCAUCAUCACCAUCGUACUAAUAGCCAAUCUCCUCGGUCCAGCAAGAGCAAGAUCAAAUCGGUAGAGAGCAAAGUCGCCCACCAAGUCAAAGGAUUACUUAAAUCAGCAUUUCAACGAAGAUUGACUUGA